AUGUCUGAACCGCUCACCAAGGUCGACUCCGCCGUCCAAGGCUUGUCAUCGUCGCCGCCCAAGGAGAAGGGCCAUAGGAGGCAAAGCUCCAGCGCGCCAGGUGUCAAGAACAUCAACGACCUAGAAAAGGAAGGGAUUGAGCUAGAAAUUGCUAUCGAGACGCAAAAAACGGGCUGGAAAAUCAACACCAGUUCCAUGACAGUUGACGAUCCCAGCAUGCUCAGGCUUCCCCUGACGAAGCCGCCUGUCAAGAAGAUCGACCUGCAUUUCCCCCUAGGAAUGGAGGUGACGGCAAGAAACCUCAAGGGGGUCACAAUUAAGGACGCAUUGGAUGCCAUCCACAAGGCGUUCAAGAAGAGAGCCGACGACGAGCUGGACAGCGCAUAUCUGGCGGGGUUCGAGUGGGACAAGGAGGAGUCGUGGACGCGGUUGGUUGUCCACCUCCAAAAGCAGCCGAGCACAGGAGGCUCUGGUGGCGGCGGUAAGAAGAAGAAGAACAAGAAGGAAGAGGAGUAA